CUCGCAAAAUCAUCAUUCUUCACGUUCGAGAAUACAUCAAGAAGAACAUUAAUUUCGCUUUUGAGGUGAUACACAGUGCAUGGAUCAAAUGACAUACAUACACACCGACGACGGCGCACCCUAGUCAUGGGAUUUCCCAACAGAUUCUAGCAUAAGUAGAGUUUUACACAAAUCGUUUGACACCCAAUCACUUAUUUUUCUUUCCUUUCUACCUCCUCCAUGUAUAAUAGGGUCAACACAAAGAUAUUCACUAAACCUUUUCGUCGCCGGCGACACCGCCAAGAUGAUACGAUCAUAGAAACCGUAACCACCACCACCACAGCCUCGCCAACACAACCUUUUCUUCGAUGGGCUCAAGAAGCGGUUGUGACAGCUUCUGAUGCGCUUAUUCCAGACAUACUACUGCUCCAGCUCAGCCAAGCUGCCAAACAAAAGAUAGAGCAACGGGUGGCUCAACGCCUCAUUGUCAAGGACCCGACAUCAGUCAAGGGCUAUCUUGCAUCUGCAAAAGUCCACAGAGCGCAAGGCAAUAUCCGAGCCGCGUUAAAAGUGUAUGAAGAAGGAUUACAGCACGUAUCACCCAACAACCCUCAGCACACAGACUUGGAAAAUAAGAGACGAGAGACACGAUCCGCCCUGGUAUACUAUAAUCACCGUUUCCAGCAGUUGCUGCCCUACGAGCUUCUUGUGCUGAUAUUCCAGGAUUUGGAAUUCAUGGACAUGUUACGGUGUGCACAGGCAUGUCAAGCGUGGGCCGAGUUUGUGGUCGCGUGGCUCCCAUUUUGGGAAAAAGUGCCGACCUAUAUACCUUCCUGUCCAGAAGUCAUACACGCGUCUCCACUGAUUCCCUUAAUGUGCCGUCACCAAAUACGCGUUCUUCACUUGGAGGGGCCAAUGCAUAUUGACGUACUUUGUGAACUGUUGACAUUUUUGACGGACUCGGACAGUUGUCCUUCAAUACAAGAGCUAUGUAAGUGUGUUUAGAAGACGAUGUUGUUGCUAUAAUAGAGAAAAG